AUGCGUUUGUUAUUGCACUUGACAACAACUCUCAUCUCCCUUCUUCCUUGUGCCCUCGCUCUCAGUGUUUCUGGGACGGACUCUGCGAAGAGAGCUCAAAAGACGCUGACCGAUGGGACACAGAAGGACGUUAUUCAAGGGAAGGUAGGAACUGUGGCAUGGCAGUCGACUGGUACACAAAUUUUCUGUCGCAUUUGCUGGAUUCCUGAUUUGUAUGCGGCGCUAACUCCCCUUUCAAUACCAGGGAUUUUGAUCGACGGGUGCCCCAGUAAUAUAACCAUCAAGGACUGCUACACUCUUCAACUGACCAACGAUCCAACCAAAAUGCUUGACCCGAACCCGACUAGCCCCAGGCAAAGGGUCGAGUUUGGCAUUGGCAAGACAAAGGACGAUGUGCCCAAGUCGUACACAUGGAAGUACUACCUGUCCUCCAAGACCGGAACAGGAAAGAGCUUCUUCCAUCUCAUGCAAGUCAUAUCGGACGGUUACCAUGGCCCCGUCAUAACCCUCGACGCCGAAGCCGGUAAAGUUGCCAUCAAGGACAUGAAGGGCUUCCAUCCUUGUCCGUCUUCUGGCUGCCCCAGUGUCGCACUGGCAGACUUUACGGAUCGCGUCACAUUGCACUCGAUGAACGUCACUUUCGGAGACAAUGGGAAGUUAGCGUACAAGGUGACGGACGAGAAGACAGGGAAGACAUUGAUCAACUACUCGGCUAAUAAGAAUAUGGGGAAUGUCACGUCAAGUAUAAAGUUCGGGACGUACAGGGGUGCUUAUAAAGGAAUGACUGAAUCCCUUGCGUACGUUGGAGAUUGGAUGGGCGAGGAAAACUAA